GAGAAUGAGAUAUCCAUAGUGGAGUUUUAUGAACGACAUGCUCAUGAUGGACUUGCAUGGCGAUGAUAUCACUUCAACUACAGUUCCUGCUGUCCAACUUAAAGAAAGCUUGUUGUGGACGGUUGCCUUCUAAAUUUUGAUUUAAAAAAAUUCAGUGGUGUUUGAUAAAUCAAGUCAAAUAUAUAGUACCGGUAUACACAUUUCUUGCUCUUCCAUCAUUUAACAUCAGUAAUACUGUUGCGAGUCAGUGGAUAAUAAUAAAUCAGUUCAAUCUGAAAUGUGAGGAUCUCACGGUGACUCCCACUGUGUGAAGAACUUAUUGACAGUGUAAAUGUUGGUAUUGAUUUGAUACAGAGUAAAUAAAUGGAAUGAUUUUAUUUUUGAUUAGUUGUUAUUAUCAGAAUAAAAUAGGAUAAUUGUAGGCAAACAAUCAUUUUAUCCAAAAAAUAGUUUAGAAGCUAUUUAACAAAACGACAGGUAUCUUGUAUUACAUUCAACAAUAUUACAACGACAUGAACAGCCCAACUUGGAUAUACACAGGCAUUUGUGAUAACAAACGUAGAAAAAACAUGAUAAAUACAACGUUUAUAUAUAACGUAACUACAAUUGAUACGAUCCAUAUUUGGGCCGGUCCGCUACCCGGUGUUGUGCCGAGUUUUGCACCGGCGUCCUGUCAAGGCUGUUGUUAUCCAAUCUGCCCGCUUGGGGGCGACAACGCGACAUCCUUUCAACUGCAUGUCCUGUCUGUGCGUUUUGUCGCCAAGUUAACAUUACCAAAAACCAACAAUGAAAGCGAUCAUCCAGAGAGUUACCAGGGCGUCUGUGACAGUGGGAGGCGAGCAGAUCAGUUCAAUAGGACGAGGUCUUUGUGUACUGCUGGGAAUAUCAGUGGAGGAUACUCACACAGAUGCUGAGUACAUAGUACGUAAGAUCCUGAACCUACGGCUGUUUGAGGAUGAGAACGGGCGGGCGUGGAGCAAAAGUGUCAUGGAGCAGAACUUUGAGGUGCUGUGUGUGAGUCAGUUCACGCUGCAGUGCAUGCUCAAAGGCAACAAGCCGGACUUCCACUCAGCCAUGCCAGCAGCGUUGGCCCAACCAUUCUACGCCAGCAUCCUGGACAAUAUGAGGAGUGGCUACAAGCCUGAGCUUAUUAAAGAUGGAAAGUUUGGGGCUUUCAUGCAAGUCCACAUCGACAAUGAUGGCCCGGUUACGAUUGAAAUCACGUCACCGCCUGCCUCUAUAGACCCCAGACAGCUGUCCAAGCAGGAGAAGCAGCAGCAGAGGAAAGAGAAGACACACUCUAAGGGCCACUCAGAGACGGGUAGGGAGAAGGGCGCCUUGCGUUCUCGACAUCACACCAAAGCCAGCAGCGGUGCAGAGGGUGACGUGUCUUCAGAGAGAGAGGCCUAGUUCUCUUGGCUGGGCAAGGAAAAAAGGAACCAAGUCCACCAGUGGCCGCUGGCUUUGGACAGUGCAGAGAUGCUGAUACCAAAAGAGCCCGCUGAAAUGUCACUCCCCAUUGACACGUCGCCAAUUCACAUGUCAUCAUGCCGCCAAGGAAAAGAGGAGCCAACCAACGGCUGCCAGCAAUCACGUCAAUCCACAAAGGAAAAAGAAGCCAAGUUAACGCCACCAUAGGCCAACAUUGAUAUUGUCCAUUCAUGUAAAUAUAUAAAAGAAACAAUACCUCGUCAUGUAACUCUGCUUGGUCACAUCUGUUAUAGAAUAAGCCAGUCAAGCCCUCACUUAUCAGCUUCCAAUUGUAUACACUCCAAGACUUUUUCCUGCAUGGCAUUCAUUUUACAUGUAGUUGUUGGUUAAUUUUGCCCGUGUUUGCUGUAAAUGUAGCACAGGAAUAUCAAGCCCUUUUCCUAAGUCCGUGUUUGGGUUUAGUCGAUGAGCGUUGGGGGAGAAGAGGUCUUUGCAGUUUGAGAGACCGGGAGGCUAUCUAUGUGUAUCGCUGCUGCUGCUGUUGCUGCUGCUGGCAGCAGUGGCGCAGCUCUUCUCCCCGUGUGAACUCUGUGGCAGGCACGCACAUAAGAACACGCCGUCACACUGCCACAAACCACACAAACUACACAGAGGAAAACACAAGGACGACAUUGCCAAAAGAUGCAUUUUCUGUUUUUGGUACAAGCUGCUUUCUACUGUAUCGAUGUCCCUAUGGGGCAUUCACUCUUGCCUGGUCCAGUUUGGUCCGGUUAAACAAACUCUGGUUCUUUCGAUCUGCUAGUAAUCGAUACGCUCAUGAAAAUGUCAGACAAAACACAGAAGCAAUAUUUCUCAUAGGAAAUGAAAAUCCAGUCAAUCCGUUCCAGACACACAAAAGGUACUACAAGACUACAGUAAUCAACAGUAAACCUCACCACUUUGGGCUUCAACCGCAUCAAAUCGACCAAAGUAUUGCUGUUUUGUGUUUGAAGAUAGCCUAAUAUUAGGAUAAACAUAUGCACAUUUUAGGGCCUAAAUUAAGCAGUUUCAACAUUUUAAAGCAUGAAAUAAUGAAGUAAAAUACACAUAAAAGGCAUUCAGAAGAUGCAUUCAGAUGUGAUGAUAUUCUACACUGGUCCAGAGGAGUCAGUAAUGUUACCAUAAUGCAGUGCUUCUCAAUUAUUUUUUUAUCACGCCCACCUAUGGCAGCUUGUCACGCUCCCCCGAUCGGCCUGACAUUAUUCAUAUGCUUAACUGUGCAUUAUUUAGUCUGCUGACAAAAAUGCAAGCGUGAACGUGAACCCAACUGCACGAAAGAACCUGAACGCAAACAACACAAACCUGUAAACAUUGGUCUUACCCUUGACUUUUAGAGCAGAGGGCCUAUCGGCUCCCUAUUUGCUCCAAGACAUGGAGGAUGCAGUUAUGUAAUGGAAUGAAGAAGGAGUCGGCAUCUCUCGGUGUGUGCUUGGAGGCUGGUGCACACACAGCACUUGUGGAAAUGUUUGCCCUGUGGAAGGAAGAGAGGGACAUUUUAGGCGGUUCGAGUUGGAGUUGCUGUGUUUUCAUGACAUCAUGAACAUGAGAAUUUACGUAUUUACAGUUGUUUGAAUGAAAUUAUUUUCUUCGAUAGGCAGUCUUUAAUCUUUGGAUAUAACAUCCAAAUUCUCACAUCGUGACAAUUGUUACAUUCACAUUGGAUUUGGUGGGAAAAAACCCAAUAACUUGUAUUUUGUAUUCCUGCUUCAUUAUGGGUGCCCUCUCUCUAUCGUUGAUAAAGCACAAAGACGUUCACACUGGCCUGACCUUCUGAUGGCAAAGGCAAAAAGACUUUCUGUCAGGAGCAGGUUGGAUUCCGGAAGACUGCGAUUUUACUACAUUUACCUUUCCUAUACAAUCCAGAGGGUUAAGGGUCAACAAAGUCAAGUGGUAGACCCCCAAAAAGUAACUUGCACUAAGCCAGAAGUCUUGACCAGUUUCCCCAUAUAAAGGGUCGGACUGAUGAUGGCAUCUCUCUGACUGAAGACACCAGUCUGUGCGGUGAAAGCUGGGUAUUUCAAUAGGAAAACACAAAAGUUUUCAUUCAAGUUUUAUUUUCUCUCAUGCAGAUCACCGCAAGUUCAGUUUUCUCAGAAAGGACUUCUCAUUGAGUGCGACACCCAGUCCUGGUCUGUCCUGUUUGGAAAUCAGUCAGGUUGUUUCCCCAUUUCUCAGAUCAUUCUCCUGCUGGUGUGUUUGGACCUCUGACUUUUUCCUCCCUGAAGUGAUGAACGUAAAUGACAUGCUGCAAAGCAAUAUCGUGGUUAUGUUUUUCUGGCUUUACACGUACAGUAUGUAUCACGUGGGCUUCAUUGUGUUUUUCAUGUGCUGUUUCUCAGCCCUCCGGCUUCCUUCUCAUACAACUUUGUAUAUUUUCAUAUGCUGAAUAAGUGACACAAUUGUCCUCCAGGAGAAUAAGCACGAAUGAUAUUUUGCAGGGUCGUUGAGCACAGUAAUGAACUAGCCAUCUGUAACACACUGAACUUCUUGAAGACUUCGCUGUAAACAGCAUGUCAACAUUUGUCCGCAGAGUGGCACUCCUCAUUUUUCAUUGCCAGUGCAAGCGUACAAGUUUGUAAUUUUGUGCAUGCACUAAGAUCGGCUCGUAUUGGUAUUCUGGAAAAUACAGAAGAAAUGGACAUGUACAGAAUGACUUUGAUUUAGGAGCCCACGCACUGUAGUGCCUGUAAUAUCGCCAGUGUCACAAAAACAAGAUGUAAAGUCGUACUCCAGUUUUUCUUAGUAAUCUCUUCCAAAAGGUCCCAGGAAAACUGGGACUACAAAACUAAAACUUGGGACUAAAACUACAAAAACCGGAGGAAUUUUUCUUGCAAGAAAUAAUGUACAGUCAAACCUAUGUUGUUGUUUUUUUUGUACGCCUCAGCUUUUGUUUGAUUUGGGAUUUAUACAAACUUAACACUUAACAUACUCCAUUUGUCGUAUACUGCAUCGGUUUGUGAAAUGGAGUGCCCAAACAAAGCGGUCUACAUAUUGAUGACCCUGCAGCCUACACAUCUGACGAACGCUAUGCUGAAUUCUGGUCACGACGUACCGGAAAGUCCAUCCAAUAACUUCCAUCCAUUCGUCAUUUACAUGUAUUUCACAUUGGGUUAGGGUUAGGGUUAGGCAUGUAAAACUAUUAUUGUUCUCAAUAAAAAUGAAUAUAAUGUUCAUAUUUUGAGUGUCUGGACCUGAUUCAUUGGAUAUACAUUAUUAGAUUUGUACCCUCAUCAAACCUUUUAGAACUAAGAAUUAAUAAUGAAAAUCAAGGUACAGUAAUCCCUCAUUUAUCACUGUUAAUUGGUUCCAGACCCAAGUGUGAUAAGUGAAUUUCUGCUGAGUUGGAGUCCUUCUUUAUAAAUGCAAUGUCUAGACCUGAAAUAAGAGCCUGCCGUGGUGUAGUGAUUAGCGUUAUGGACUUUGGUGCGAAGGCCCCGGGUUCGACUCUCCACUAGUAAGCAUCAUUGAUAUUCAUCAGGAAGGGCAUCUGGAAUUUAAUGGGCUCAUGCCAAAAUCAGUAUGCGGAUCUUUUCCGCUGUGGCGACUCCGUAAUCAGGAAAAAGCCGAAAGAAACAAAUUACCUGAUAUAAUAUGACAUAAUGUAGACUCAUACAUGUUAGCAUUGUCAGAGUUCCUUGUUGUUGUUGUUGUUUUACUUCCAUUUUCUGUACAGUACUUCCUGCAGUGGCUAUUGUCUCAUCAGUGUAACAUUACUGACACCUUGUGACCAGUACCAUCUUCUGAAUGCUUUAUAUUUGUAUUUUACUUAAUAUAGCCAUUUUUAUGCUUGCUUAAAUGGGCAUAUUUCAGACUAAUGUGAAGACAUACAACCGGCACUAAUAUAUUUUUGAUAAAACAUGAUAGAGUGAAGCGGCAAAAUCGAGGCACAGUGUGGCGAAUGUUUCUCUAAAAUGUGGGCACUCGCAACUUUCUUUAGCCCCAUGAUGGCUUAUUUUGUAAAAAAAAAAAAAAAAAAAGGAUGCAUGGGGCGUAUUGAUUGGAAUGAUACAUGAACAAGCGGACUACUGUCGUUAUGUGCAAUGUUUGGCUGUAUGAUAACUGUAUGAAAAUGGGGGCCACAUUUUUUGUUGAAAAUAGAAUCAUAUGGAACGUGGGGCGUACUAAAACUGAAGUACUACUGUAUUCAUAAUGUUAAUGAUUGUACAUUUUCCUGUUGUUUUGUAAAGAUGUCAUUGAGGAAAUCUGUAGCCUUGUUUGUGUUUUAUGAGAUGCACUUUGUCCUCGUCCUUUCAGCAUCAUCCGCAUUGUCCCCAUUUUGCCUUUUUUGCUGUUUCUGCGGUCAGCUAGCUAUUCUUGCAUGGCCAACGAUAGCAUACGUACCCCUCCCCCAUGUCCACGCGCAAACGGUGCUCAGCUGACUUUUUCCUUGUGGUGGUGGAGCAGCAGGAGCACGAGGAAAAGAGCCACUCUCACCAGGACGUGAGGACUCUCGAAAGGAGAAGACAUGACCCAAAUAUGUCCGCUAAUUUGCUAGACAUUUUUCCAGCUUCCAAUUUUCCUCUGCAGUGACUACAAGGCCGUGCAGAAAAUGAAAUAAAGGAGCAUGCAGGGCAUUGAGAUGAAAAGACAGUGUAAGACGCUCAUUUGAAACUUCCUGAGGGUCAAGUGGUAGACCCAAAGAAAUGUCACCGGCCCUGAGCCGCAGCAUCCGAUUGGCUGUCCAUCAAGACAUGGGACGAUCCUCCGCCUGAUUGAAGGUUGUUACUGGUUCUGAGUGCAGUGCACUAACCAUCAGACGACAGCUCAGAGUGAAGGCUUUCAGAAGAAAAAAUCUCUUCCAAGGCCUCAUCUCCUUCAAUGCAGCAAAGUUGGCAGCUGGCUAUGUGGAGAUGCAGGGGCCAUCUCUCAGGACUGCAGGCCCUCAACUGUGUGGUAAUGACCGUCUUUCUGCAGUUCACCGUGCCCGCCUGACAAAGGACUAUUAACUCUUGGUCAGUUGAUAAAUAGCCAAUAUCAGUUUAAAGGUCGUUUGCAGUAAA